AUGCAGAAUACGAGACAUCAAGGCUAUCGUGGUCGGGUCCGGAGUGGCUGUCUCACUUGCCGAGCUCGCAAAGUCAAAUGCGAUGAGGCCAAGCCCGUCUGCAACAACUGUACGAGAUUACAACGCCAAUGCACAUACAAGCCUCGGAGGGUCUUCCGGCAAACUGCCAGCGCCGACAACUCGCCACCAGGUCAACCAUUAUCACUUCAAUUUGAGGGUAGCCCCCAAGCAUUGGAGGCACAUGACACUAACCAAUCCCACUCAAGUCUGUCACUUACCGAUGAUUAUGAGAACCAAGGAUCAUCGAAGGUGCUCUCGACCGAGAGAACGAACCAAACUCCUUUUUUAUACGAGGGCAGAACAAAUGUCGAUGUUACUGCUUGCUUACAGAAAGCUCUUCAAUACCGAAGUGCAGCCCCUAUCGUGGAUGAGAACUACGAGCGCGAUGAGUCGCCGUUGAACUUGAUAUCACGGGAUAUCGAGCUGACGACUACACUCGACAUCCUCACCCUCCGUACCCAGUCCCCUUAUAUGACGGAACUCUUCCUCGAGACAGUGGAAUGCCCCGGUAUCACACCAUUCGAUCCUCUCAACUGGAAACUCGCCAAACAGCAUAUUGUGCAUCUUGGAAAGUCAUGUCUAGCCAUUUCUUCCGGCAUCACAGCUGUAGCGACUCUAUGCAGUGGACAGGUCUUUGCACUUUCGACGUCUGAGUCCCUCUCCCGCUAUCACCCCGCGAGGAAGAAUGUUGAAGAGCUUCUGGGAGAUGACGAGAAAGACUUUGAAUUUGUUUUAGUGGCAGUCUUUCUGCUGUGCAUGUUUGAGCUGAUUCACUCUGGAGAUAUCACACCUUACCUGAGAGAACCAAGCCGAAUCUUCACACGGAGGCUACAAGCUUGGGCACAAACUCAAACUUCCUACUCGGAGCUUUCCAUGCGCAUAGUAACUUGGCUAAAGAUUCUUUACUCAGCUUCCUUUCGAGGUGGAGCAAUGGGCUUGCUAUCUGAAAGGGUAGUCAGUCUUCUCCCAAAUUUCGCUGGCCCAAUACCAAACCUCCGACCUCCCGUUGACCAAGAGCCAGAGAUAUCCAAUCAUCUUUACGAGGUCUUAAGUGCUCCGAUUUUCGACUUCUACUGCCAACUUCAAACACUGUCCGGAGAGAUUGCCAAACUGUCACUUUACCAUCGUUCACGGACGAAACGCAAAGACCAGCAGGAGGUAGUCGAGCGUAUGGCGACUCUGAAGGCCCGACUUCGAGCACUAUGGGAAAGUCGGUGCCCCACACAGCGUCAGUCCCCGGAGCAUUUGCGCUCCCAAAUAGUUCCCCAGAUCGCAGACAUGAUAUCGAGUCUCGUCAGUAUCUGUGAGGCCGCAUAUCAUGCUGAGUUCAUUGAUGUAGGCAGACAGCUGGGUGACCCGGUAUCCCAGUCGCCAGAUUCGAUAGAAGCAUUGGGCAGGAUUGUGGAGAUUGUGGAAAGCCACUGUAGUAGCGAUGGCGAAGGAAGGUCGAUAGCUAUCAAUGCCGGCUAUUUGAGACCAUUGUUUCUGUGCGCUAUAGAGAGUACAGACAAGGAGCAGACCGACUGGGCAACCGAAAAUCUCGCCAAGAUUCAGAAUCGCGUAUAUCGGGCAGAGUUCUUUUCAGCGUUUGCUAAGGCACUUUCAGAGGCACAAACGCGCAACGACAGGAGGGUCACCUCGAGGUAUUUCUGCAUCUGGUAUUUUGGAAUCACGCCACCAUUUCUGUAG